CAUUUUGUCUGCAUGAAUAGUAGGGCGUGUGAAGUAGUCGGUACAGCGAAUGCCAUGGUCUGUAUUUGAUUUUCUAUGCUUUGAGUUUAGAAAAGGGCGUUUUUUUUCCUCGGUAUGAUAAGGACUGUUAACUCGGAAUUAGCCAUCCAGCAUCCCCAUCAUGCCCACUGUGCUCGUGGUCUUCCACCUUGGAUUCUAGCAUCUCUUGAAUAUCCAUGUUUUGCCGGAGAGGCGCACUGACAGCAGGACUCCUGAAAAUGGAGCAAGAAUGAAAGGAGAAAAGCAUAGGGAAAAGCAUGAGCUGGUGUCUAGUUGAGUUGCUCUCCUUCCUACUCAUUUGGGAGCAGAUCACAUUACAGGAAUCAAUUCAACCUCAGCAACAUGUCUCCAAAGAGUUUGACUGGAUUAUCACUGAUCGAGGUCCAUUUCAUCACUCUCGCGAUUACCUGUCAUUUGUGGAGAGACAUCGACAGGGUUACUCUACCAGAUACAAAAUCUACAGGGAGUUUGCUCGUUGGAAGGUGAGGAAUGUUGCAGUAGAUCGAAAGGAGCCGCCUCGAAGUCCCUUGCCUCUAACACCUGAGUUCCAGCGCAGUUUAAGGCUUCUUGGACGAAGACCCACCUCCAAACAAAUUAUAGAGACCAUAAUUAAGAAAUACGGCACCCACCUUCUAGUCUCUGCUACACUAGGUGGUGAAGAGGCAUUGACAAUGUACAUGGAUAGAAGUCAUCUUGACCGACACACUGGAGAUGGAAAUCAUACUGUAGAGUCUCUGCACCAUCUUGCUUCAUCUUAUUUUGUGGACAGAGAUGGGACAAUGAGGAAACUUCAUGAGAUUCAAAUAUCAACAGGAGCAAUUAAGGUCACAGAGACUCGUACAGGACCAUUGGGCUGUAGCAGCUAUGACAAUCUGGACUCUGUCAGUUCAGUGCUUCUGCAAAGCACAGAGAGCAAGUUACAUCUUAAAGGUCUACAGAUCAUUGUCCCUCACUACUUGCAGGAGAAGUUUGUACAGUCCUCUUUGAGUUACAUCAUGUGUAAUGGGGAGGGGGAGUACAUUUGCAGGAACAAUCAGUGCUCUUGUUUGUGCUCCGAAUCCUACCCCCAGUGUAACUGUCCCAUCACCGACAUCCAGAUCAUGGAGAACGCGCUGAUUAACCAGGGAAAGGCAUGGGCACAGGCAUACAGAGACUUUGAGAACUCAGGUGAAUUUAAAUCCUUCAUGAGACAUUUGCCAAGCAAUCACUUCUUGAGCAUUGGAGCAAUUCAUCAGCAAUGGGGCAAUGACUGGGAACUACAGGGUCGCUACAAAUUACUGCAGAACACACUAGAAAUACAGAGACAGAAGAUGCAACGCACAACGCGAAAAGUCUUUGGACUAAGUCUUCGAUGUCGACAUAACCCCAACCAUCAAAUACCCAGAGAGAGGACAAUCCAGCAAUGGCUUGCUCAUGUGCAGUCUCUCCUUUAUUGUAAUGAGAAUGGCUUUUGGGGCACAUUUCUGGAAAGUCAAAGUAGCUGCGUAUGCCAUGGAGGAAGUACUCUAUGUCAGAGACCCGUCCCUUGCACCAUAGGAGGUAACCAGAGCUGUGCCAUGUGCAGCAUGGCUAACAUUUCUCUUUGUGGCUCAUGUAACAAGGGUUUCAAGUUGUAUAGGGGUCGUUGUGAAGCACAGAAUGUGGACUCUGAACGCAGUGAGCAGUUUAUGAGUUUAGAAACAGAGCUGGACUUCCAAGAUCAAGAGCUGCGUUAUCUCCUUCAAAAAAUGGACUCUCGACUUCAUGUGCACACAACUUUUAUCAGCAAUGAGAUACGAUUAGACACCUACUUUGAUCCACGUUGGAGGAAAAGAAUGUCUCUCACACUGAAGAGCAACAAACACAGAGUAGAAUUCCUUCACAUGGUAAUUGGAAUGUCCAUGCGUAUUUGUCAUGCUCGAAAUACAACGCUUGAUCCCAGCUUUUUUGUCUAUGUAAAUCCUUUUAGUGGGAGCCACUCAGAAGGAUGGAGUAUGCCUUUUGGGGAAUAUGGCUAUCCAAGAUGGGAGAAGACACGUCUACAAAAUAGUCAGUGCUUCAACUGGACCCUCUUAUUGGGCAACCGAUGGAAAACAUUCUUUGAAACGGUUCACAUAUACCUGCGUAGCCGGACACGUCUACAGUCACUACUACGCAAUGAGACUGGACAAGGUCCUGUUGACCUAUCUGACCCUAUGAAACGUCAGUUUUAUGUGAAAAUCUCAGAAGUACAGUUGUAUGGGUAUAGCCUAAGAUUUAACCCAGACCUUUUGCGUAGUGCAGUUCAACAGGUAAAUCAGUCAUACUCUCAAGGUGGUCAUUUCUAUGCCUCCUCCUCAGUUAUGCUGCUUAUGCUAGACAUCCGGGAAAGAAUCAAUCGUUUGGCCCCCCCAACUGGGCCAGGAAAGCCACAACUGGACCUCUUCACUUGUAUGCUAAAGCACCGUUUGAAGUUGACCAAUAGUGAGAUCAUACGGAUCAACCAUGCUCUUGACUUAUAUAGCACCGAGGUUCUAAAACAGCCUGACCACAUGACAGUAAAACUUUGUUAACCACUCUUCUGUGGCCCAAUGGGUUAACUUUUAUUGUAAAACACUUCUGGCACAAUAUCUUAAGAAAUUGUGAGGACUAUCAACUUAAAUACUUAAUGAAAUCAAUUUUGCCAACUGAACCAAUUUGAAGGUUUUCUUAAUAUACAGAAAUUUGUAGAAUCCACUUUAAUUGCUUACUGUGAUUAUGAUGUACUAUGAAUAAGGAAGUAUAUUUACAUACUUCUUAAUCAAAAUAAA